UGGCAGAUGUAAACACAGAACCGAAGUUUGGUCGCUGAAGUAAUUUUCACAACAAAACAACAUUUCCAGUUCAUCGUUUCAUUUUGACAUUUGCAAAGAUGAAUUAGAUUAUAAUCUCUACCUGGGAGUGAGAGACUGUCUUAAAUCUACUGCUUGAAAUACUACAACUUGCCAGUACAUUAGGCUUGUGAGUUGCACCAGAUGUCUAGGUUUGACGUGAGUUGACUCAGUGACUACCUGUGCCCACCAUUUCCUCGACAUCUUCCCUCCAGCUUUUAGAGGAUCCUGUACCCACUGUGUUGUAAAUCCAGCCAGACUAGAAUUACAUGGCGGACAUAGACAGGGAUGUUGAUGAGUUCAGAAUGUGCCCAGGCCACUGCAUGUACCUUUCUAGACUUGUGUACAUGGUGUAUGCAUGAACAGGCAGCAUCGGGUGCAAGUGAAAGAUCUUCUGUAUCCAACCUACUCCUCCAUCACUUGCCGCAACAUUGCAUGAAAAUGUAUCAAGUCCUGGAUGCUCAGACAUGUUCCUAUAUUGUGUUUAUCCUCGGGAUCCUGGGCUUGGUGUUUUACUGCUCCAUCAUGUGCUUCGUCGUCAUCUCCUUCAUUGGAGGACGGUUCUACUGGUAUCGGAAGUCUGACCCAUCUGUAUUGGGAGAUGACCUCCCUGGAGUCUCCAUCAUCAAGCCAUUGAUGGGCGUCGACCCACUACUGGAAGAGAACCUGGAGAGUCAUUUUACUAUGAAGUACCCAAAGUUUGAGCUCUUGUGUUGUGUUAAUGAUGAAAAGGAUCCAGCUGUUGAUCUUGUCAACAGACUCUGUGAAAACUAUCCUAAGGUGGAUUGCAAGUUAUUCAAAGGUGGUAAAAAUGGCAUCAUCAACCCCAUGGUCCGCAACAUGGCCCCUGCCUAUGAUGCUGCUCAGUACGAGUAUGUGUGGAUCAGUACCAGCAGAAUCAAAGCUUCAACUGAUAUCAUCAUGGAUAUGGUGUGCAAGCUACAAAAACCAAAUGUUGGGCUUGUCCAUCAGAUGCCGUUCACUCUAGAUCAUAGAGGUUUUGGCUCAUGCAUAGAAAAAAUAUAUUUUGGAUGUGCUCUGCAGCGCUUUUAUCUGGCAUUCAACCUGAUGAACUUGUGUUGUGUGACAGGCAUGUCUUAUACCUUUAAAAAGUCUAUUCUGGACCAGCUCAAUGGACUCAGCUGGUUUGGAAAAUAUUUGGCGGAGGAUUAUUUCCUAACAAAAGCCAUCCAUGAAAAAGGCUACAAAUUGGUCUUAUCAUCAUUUCCUGCUCAACAGAAUGUUGGGGGGACAUCGUACUGUGGACUAGUUGAUCGUUUAAUUCGAUGGAUGCGUCUGAGGAUCAACAUGCUAACUGUUGUAAGCAUUUUGGAGCCAAUGACUGAUGUUUUCCCUCUGGGUGCAUAUGGUGCAUGGUGCCAGUAUCACUUCUUUGGCUUCAACCCAUACUACUUCUUUGCUGCUCAUGUUUUUGGAAUGCUAGUACUGGACUACCUGCUUCUACACAAUGCUCAGGUUGGCCCAGUAGCCUUCAGCAAGUUGGAGUACAUAUUUGGUUGGUUCGUUAGGGAAUUUACUUCUACAUUCAUAUUUUUGGCUGCUAUCGUGAAACCACACACCAUCAAGUGGGGUCGGCGCACAUACUGGGUCAAAUGUGGAGGCCACACCGAGAUCUCUGAAGACAGAUCGACAUCAAUAGUCUUGUAACACCUCCUUACCCAAGAAACGGGUCCAUCAUGCAUCAGUGAAAAUGGCAGCAUAUAUCAAUAGGUGAUACCAUGGUUUUGGACAAGUAUUGACUUAACUGUAUUUGUUGAGUUUGUGUCUCAUGCAAGCAUGGCUAAUAAACAUUUCAGGAAAACUGAAAAUCUACAGAAUGUGAGGAGUGAAGCUCAACAGUGAUAUUUGUAGUCAUCUCAGGUCAGUUGGCUGAGAACAUUUCUGACAUUGUUACAUUGUUGUCAUAAGCAUGGCAAAAAGGACAGGUGUUUCUGAACUUGAUGUUUGUUGCUUGUCACCACCACAUACAUAACAAGCAUAUGAGCUUCUCUGUAGGAUAUUAGAAGUAUGCAGCUGUACUUCCGGUUAUCCCUCUCCUGGAUGUGCAGGCUCCAUCAUUCUGAAGGGGACAGAUGGAAUAGUGCAUCUGCAACAUUCCUUUAAAGCUCUCCAACCUAUGACACACAGUAUCAACCUUCUGUAUGGUUUCAGAAAGACAAAUGGCAUUGUGUAUUCAUAUUGAAAGACAUCAGACUGAAAGUCAUAAAUACACAAGAACUGGUUUCUUGAAGGCUUCUCAACCUACUGUCAACGCACCUUGUGUAUUAAAUCUGAAAGACAUGAGAUUGAAGGCAACAGAUACAAGGGAACCUGUGUUUUAGGUUCAAUGUUUCUUGUAGUUUCUGUCCUCCAGUCACCAUGCUCAGUUUGUGUAAUCUGAAGAAAGAGUUGAAGGCACUGAGCACCACAGUGAAGUCAAUAAACACAGUUUGCCAUGGGAAACCACCCUUAUGGUAUUGUCAAUGCAGUAUUUUUGUAGAAAUUGUUGAAAAUAUCUAAAAGUCACCGCUGUUAACAGUUACUGUUUAUGAAGUCUCAGUUCUGUAUAUUUGUUGCAUACAUGGCUGGAAAAUCAGCUAAAGAAGGGAAAUGAUCGACUACAGGAGUAAUACAAAAAAACUGAAAAGGCAAAGAUCAGUGAUGGCAAAAUGCUAGUGAGAAACUAAAAUGUUUUGUGAUAAAAAAGUCAGGGGAGAGGAAACAUUGAGGAUAACAUGAGAAGAUGAACUGGCAAUCAUCUCAUGAUGAUCAUGAUAUUCAAAAGUUUGCUUUAGAGGUAUAAAAGAGAUGUGAUUGUGAUAAAAGGGGUUGCAUGAGUAAUAACUGAUGUAUAGAAGGUUUACAAAUAAGCCUCGUCUGUCAUUCAUGUAUUAAUAAUAACAACUGCAAUUGUCCAUUCUGGCUGCUGCGUUGAAUAGCAAUAUCGCAUUGUAAAGUAGAAUUUAAUCAAAGGACAGUUUAAGUUCAGGCGUUAGGCCUGUUAAUUUCCAAAUCGUCAAGAUGUGCUGAAAUGUUCCCUGCCCAGAUUCUUUUCUGAUCAGAAUAAUGAUACCAGAUCAGGUGCAAUUUUAUCCUGUAUACAUAGGUGUUGUUUUCAAAACUGAUGUUCAUAUACUGCUUUUAUGUUUGUAGUUGAAGGGUGUGGGUUUUUUUAAUGCAUGAUUGUAUGGUAGUUUUAUAUAUCUUACAUUACAUGUUAUGACUGAUGUCGAAAAUGGACACUCUUUCAAUUAAAACAGCAUUUUUAUCAUGUAUUAUAUCAUAUAUAUAUUUUAACAGUUAAAUUAGUCUAUUGUUAGCAAAAAAUAAGUUUGGUUCGGAGAGGUUUUAGUAUAAACUAAAGAGGAUAAUACACAAAUUAUAUUAUUUUUUAUGGAAUGUGAUUAACAUUGAAUUAAAGAAUGAGCUGGAACUCAUUAUAUACUUUUGAGCUUAGUUAAAUAUAUUUACACACACACACAAACACAUAUAUAUAUAUAUUACAUAUUUUGAAAAUUUUUACUAAAUUUUCCCAUUCAAAAGUGGAAUAGUGUAAUUCGGUGGACAAUUUGUAAUGAUAUUGUUUUUAACGAACGACACAACAGAAUGACUGUUAAACUUCUUUAUUACAGUUUGUUAGUCAUGUUAUCAAGCAAGGGAUGUAAUAAGAGUUAUUCAAUGAACAAAAGGAUAAAGGUCGUAUCUAUGCUGAGUGAAUCAUUGUGUACACAGUUGACUACAGUGGGUUAAGAGAACUGAUUUAGUUAUUUGUAUCCAGUCAUACAACCAUAUGGUCACUACCAGUGUAAUCAUUGUAGUUAGGAAGAUGAUCAUCCAAACGCCCAUUAAGUGUUACUGAAAGAUUCUUGUAGUGGGCAUGGUAGACUAAGGCUUAGUCUCUGAAUAUAUAUAAUUUUGAUAGUAACAAACAAGCCCAUUUAUAUUGAAAAGGAGCCCUAGGGAGACCAGAGAUUCAG